AGCCAUCAGCCAUACACAACUCUCAGCUGACGGAGGCUACUGUGGUGGUGCUUGCUGCACAGCGCGCACCUUUGUUGUGGGGGGACGAUGUUUGUGCGUCCAUGCAAAGUUUAGCCACUAACCUCAACAUUAUCGGCAAGGGAGUGAAGCACGGCGUCGGCGGACUCAUGAAUCUAGCCGCGGAAGGGGGUGAACACACCCCAUACAUCGCGUACGUGAAUUUCAACCAAGACGGCACGUCACUCUCGGUUGGGACACAGUCCGGGUACAAGUUUUUUUCUCUGGCAAAUGUGGACAAGCUCGACCAGAUAUACGAAAAUGACGAGGAAGGCAUGGCCCUGGUCGAGCGGCUCUUUCUGUCCAGCUUGGUGUCUCUCGUCAGUACCGGGUCUCUGCGCAAGCUCAAGAUGUGCCACUUCAAGAAGGAGUCGGAGAUCUGCAACUACUCCUACAGCAACAGCAUCCUGGCCGUGCGGCUCAACCGGGCGCGCCUCGUCGUGUGCCUCGAGGAGAGCCUCUACAUACACAACAUUCGGGACAUGAAGGACGGGAAAUGGUCGCAGGUCCUGCACACGAUCCGGGAGACGCCGCCCAACACAAAAGGCCUGUGCGCCCUGUCGCCCUCGAGUGACAACUGCUACCUGGCCUACCCGGGCUCGGACAACUUCGGCGAGGUCCAGAUCUUCGACGCACUCAACCUGCAAGCGAAGGUGAUGAUCCCAGCCCACAACAGCGCACUGGCCGCCCUCGCGUUCAACUCUACGGGAACGCUGAUUGCAACAGCUUCCACGAAGGGCACGGUCAUAAGAGUAUUCUGUGUCGCUGAUGGACAGAAGCUGUACGAAUUCAGGAGAGGCAUGAAGCGGUGCGCCGACAUCUAUUCACUGGCGUUCAGUGCCGACUCUCUAUUCCUGUGUGCGUCGAGCAACUUUGAGACGGUGCACAUUUUCAAGCUCGAGGACCCGAAGGAGGCCAACAAGGUGGCCGAAGAGCCUGGCACCUGGAUGGGUUACCUGGGCAAGGCCCUCAUGCAGAGCGCCUCGUACCUGCCCACGCAGGUGACCGACGUGUUCAACCAGGGCCGGUCGUUCGCCACGGUCCACCUUCCCUUCAGCGGAGUGCGCACGGUGUGCUGCCUCAGCACAAUUCAGAAAAUACCCAGGGUACUGGUGGCUACCAAGGACGGCUACUUGUACGUCUACAACUUGGAUCCCGUCGAGGGUGGCGACUGUACCCUGUACAAACAGCACAGGCUGGAUGGUCGCGAAGCCACGACAGCACCACCGUCGCAGUCUGGCGAUGCGACCCCGGACCAAGCAACCGCGCAGGGAGCGUCUCAACCAACUCCGGCUGCACGCAAGCCGGACUCGCAGGGGUUGUCGAGCUACGCCGCUGUAGUGCGAGGUUAUCAGGACCAUACUCCGGCAGAUGCUGCUGGAAUGGUGUCUUUGUCGCCUCCGACCAACACCGCGUUGCGCCUCACCGAUGACUCGGAGUUUCCGCCAGUGUCGCAGAAGUGCGAUUGAGGUGCCCUCUGCUGCUCCCCUUGCGCCAAGAUCCAUCCGGUGACAAGUGAAGGUGACAGAAGUGAAGGCAGUUGCAGGGAUGGUCACCAGUGGCAUCAGUUCGACUCAACCGCAAAGCACAGCGCUUGGCUCGCCCACACCUCGUGCCAUUGCUUUCGUCGCUUCUGCUUCUGUAUCAAAGACGUGCACACAUGUGGGCCUCCGGUACUUUCUGGCCGGUGCGGCGACUCCGUCGAGAGAUUUGUGCGGUCUCCUUUCGCAGAAGCAUGUUGGAACUCGCCAACUUCUCUUCUGGAACACGAAGAGAAGGCGUCAUCUGUCGAAAGCCAUCUGCAGAUGCACGUUCCAUGUGACGGCAAAAGGACGAAACGUCUUUGUUCAGAGUAUUUUAUCUUAUUUGGCUCCAGCUGACAGGGAUCAAGUUUUGCUGGAAGGUUUUAUUUUUUUUUUUUUGGUAUGAAGUGAGUGUGUGUGUGUAUGUAAAUCUGUGUGUUUGUGUAUGAAAGCUUGAGGACUCGGAUGCAACGUUUGAGACAGUGUGUCUGUAGCACCUUUUAGCCUUUGUGUGUGAAAUGUGCGUGCAUCCACAAAGUGGAGUGAAAAAAACAGAAAAAAAAAAGUGAAGCUGCACGGGGACAUUUUACCUGUGGUUAGGUUAUGUGUAAUGUUAUAUAAGUAUGUGUGUUUUAUGUAUGUGCAAGUACAGUUUUUUUUUUAGAUUUACACUCCUCAGCGCUGCUUUGCUCGAUUCGAAAGCUGUACAUACGAUGGGCCAGCACAUUUUUUGUAUCUUGUUAACCCUGUAAGUACAUCUUCGGUCAGUGUUGGCAGACGAAAAAAAAUCAAUAAAACUGUCGAAAAUUUGUAA